UGUGAGUUAUAGCAACCGUUGCCUUGUGAAUCAAGCGCCAUAGUCACCGUAGUCCUGGCGACUGUUACCCAUCAACAACAACUACUCCUCUCCUCCUCCUCCUCCUCCUCCUCUUCCUCCUCCUCCUCCCCACCACCACCAUCUCCAUCACCCACCAACAACACCACAAUAAUCCACAGCCAAGAGAUUUUUAUCAGAGGAAUGUAGACUGGAAUCUGCAAUGGUUCACAAAAUCCCAAAGUGAGACCAUCAUGCAGACAUCAGAGACGGGUUCGGACACAGGCUCGACAGUGACUUUACAGACAUCUGUGGCUAGUCAAGCAGCAGUGCCUACACAGGUGGUACAGCAAGUGCCAGUCCAGCAGCAGGUACAGCAGGUGCAGACUGUUCAGCAGGUACAACAUGUCUAUCCAGCUCAGGUGCAGUAUGUGGAAGGAAGUGAUACUGUCUAUACUAAUGGAGCAAUCCGAACAACAACUUAUCCUUACACAGAAACACAGAUGUACAGCCAAAACACUGGAGGAAAUUACUUUGAUACUCAAGGAAGUUCUGCACAGGUGACGACCGUGGUCUCCUCCCACAGUAUGGUGGGCACUGGUGGUAUUCAGAUGGGUGUCACAGGAGGACAACUCAUCAGCAGCUCUGGAGGAACCUAUCUGAUCGGAAAUUCAAUGGAGAAUUCUGGUCAUUCAGUGACACACACGACUCGGGCCUCCCCAGCUACAAUUGAAAUGGCGAUUGAGACGCUGCAAAAGUCUGACGGUCUGUCCACUCACAGAAGCUCUCUUCUCAACAGCCAUCUCCAGUGGUUGUUGGACAAUUAUGAGACAGCAGAAGGAGUGAGCCUUCCGAGAAGCACUCUGUACAACCACUAUCUGCGACACUGUCAGGAGCACAAACUGGACCCAGUCAACGCUGCCUCUUUUGGAAAACUAAUAAGGUCAAUUUUUAUGGGACUACGAACCAGGAGAUUGGGCACUAGAGGAAACUCCAAGUACCAUUACUAUGGGAUUCGUGUGAAACCAGAUUCCCCUCUUAAUCGUCUACAAGAAGAUAUGCAGUAUAUGGCGAUGAGACAACAACCCAUGCAGCAAAAGCAAAGGUACAAGCCUAUGCAGAAAGUGGAUGGGGUUGCAGAUGGUUUCACAGGAAGUGGUCAACAGACAGGCACAUCUGUUGAACAAACUGUAAUUGCCCAAAGUCAACAUCAUCAACAGUUUUUAGAUGCAUCUCGAGCACUUCCAGAGUUUGGAGAAGUUGAAAUCUCUUCUCUGCCAGAUGGUACUACCUUUGAGGAUAUCAAGUCACUGCAGAGUCUUUAUCGAGAGCACUGUGAGGCAAUAUUGGAUGUUGUUGUGAAUCUUCAGUUUAGCCUGAUAGAAAAAUUGUGGCAAACAUUCUGGCGCUAUUCUCCCUCAACUCCAACUGACGGCACUACCAUUACUGAAUCAAGCAAUCUGAGUGAAAUAGAAAGUCGACUUCCGAAAGCAAAGCUGAUAACUCUGUGCAAACAUGAGUCUAUCCUGAAAUGGAUGUGUAACUGUGACCAUGGGAUGUACCAGGCUUUGGUGGAGAUUCUCAUCCCCGACGUCCUUAGACCCAUUCCUAGUGCCUUGACCCAAGCCAUUCGAAAUUUUGCAAAAAGCCUUGAAGGUUGGCUUUCCAAUGCCAUGAACAAUAUUCCACAGAGAAUGAUACAAACCAAGGUUGCCGCUGUAAGUGCCUUUGCCCAGACUCUGCGAAGAUACACAUCGCUCAAUCACCUGGCCCAGGCAGCUCGCGCCGUGCUUCAGAACACUUCCCAGAUCAACCAGAUGCUCAGUGACCUCAACCGUGUUGACUUUGCCAAUGUCCAGGAGCAGGCUUCCUGGGUGUGCCAGUGUGAUGACAACAUGGUUCAGAGACUAGAAACAGACUUCAAGAUGACGCUUCAGCAGCAGAGCACACUGGAGCAGUGGGCCGCCUGGCUGGACAACGUGAUGAUGCAAGCACUGAAGCCCUAUGAAGGAAGACCCAGUUUUCCUAAGGCCGCCCGGCAGUUUCUGCUAAAAUGGUCUUUCUACAGCUCAAUGGUUAUCCGGGACUUAACAUUACGCAGUGCUGCUAGCUUUGGCUCCUUUCACCUGAUCAGGCUGCUCUACGAUGAGUACAUGUUCUACUUAGUAGAGCAUCGUGUUGCUCAAGCAACAGGAGAGACACCCAUAGCAGUGAUGGGCGAGUUUGGUGAUUUAAAUGCUGUGUCGCCUGGAAAUCUGGAUAAAGAUGAAGGCAGUGAAGUGGAAAGUGAAAUGGAUGAAGAGCUGGAUGACUCUUCAGAGCCUCAAGCCAAAAGAGAGAAAACAGAGCUGAGCCAGGCGUUCCCGGUGGGCUGCAUGCAGCCUGUCCUGGAGAGUGGCGUGCAACCAAGCCUGCUGAACCCCAUCCACAGCGAGCACAUCGUCACCAGUACUCAGACCAUCAGGCAGUGCAGUGCCACAGGAAACACCUACACUGCAGUCUAACAAUAUGAAAACAGAUCUUUCCAGCUUACUUUAACCCUGUUGAUACUGGGCUUAAGCUGAAAUUUUAACAGGCCUGAAGGUUGACUGUUGUCAAAUUCUAUCUGUGCUGAACAUUACCUUUUCAGAGUUGUGAAAUGGAAUGGGUGUAUGUAUUUUUCCAGGUCUUUUUUUUUUUUUUAACACAAAUUGUUUGCCUUUUAAUAAUAAGAGUUUUUGGCCGUUAGUUUCAGGUGUCAAGAAGGAUUUUUACAACACUUAAUGUCAAUGUUUUUGUUUUCUCAUAAUUAAAAAGUAAUUUACAUUUUGUAGCUUAAAAUAUUUUAUUGUUGAUUGUUAGUCUUGGUGUAUGAUUUUAUGUGUAAGUUUUAAAUUAGAUGCACUUCUGUGAAAUAUCAAAAGAAAUGAAUUUCUUUGAUUUACACUGGAGGCAUGCCCGUUUGGCAGCAGAUGCAUCCAAUUUGCUUUUGAAAGGUGCUUUUCAUUGGACAGAACUAUAAGACACUAUUUUGAUAAAAUUUUGAGUACGGAGAGAAUACAGAGCAUUUUUAUUAUAGUGCAAGAGGGUUGGGAAGGUCAUCUAUUUUUCUCUGAAGAAAAAUUGAGCUGUGCAUUUAUCAGUCCAGGGUAAAUGACAGAACUGCAAGAGAUUAUGCUAAUAUGUACAUAAUUGUGUACAUAAUUCUUAAACCACGUUAACAAUGCAAGCUUCCGUUAGACAUUGACUUGUUACUAUUAUUUGCAUACCAAUUCCUCUGUUUAAAGACUACUGAUUCUGUAUUGGGACCACUGCACAGAUGCAUUCUGCUAUUAAGUGGGGCUGUUGUAGUUAGAUACUGAAGCUGAAGAAAAAUGACUUGACUUUUUUUUUAAGUGUACAUGCUACUUAUACUGAGCUGGACAUACAGGAAACCAUUCCAUUUGGAUGACUUUCUUUUAUUCCAGGUCUUUUUUUCUAAUAGUAGUUCACUAUGCUGCUAUUAUAAAAGAAAAUUUAUAGAAUGCAAGGAAUGUAGCAACCUGCAUAUUGUUAUUUCCUUCAAAACUAUUUCCUGGUUUCUAAAGUACGUGGAUUUAAAUUUUAAACAGAACCUGAAGGCAGUGUAACUGGCACACCUCACUGUUGCUUACCCCAAUUCUGUAGGAUUUGGAUAGGUGGCUGGAUGGACCAUUGCCAUUGAAGAAUGUACAUCAGGGAUCAUCGUACCUCGGCUAUUACAUGGUGCCUUAAAACAGAACUGAAGCUAAGGUUUAGUACGGUUUAUUUUGUUCAUGUGAAUAACUCUUCAAUCCAUUUGAUAAAGUGUGCCUGUCAUGUUCAGAUUCCUGAAGUAAGGACAGGUUACAUGUUCUUCAAGGGAAAUUUAGGGGAAAUGAAGCAAAACAAAAAGACAAAAAACCAGUUUCUCUCUUUGAGUGACCAUGAACCUAUCUAUGUUUUAUCCUUAGAGCUGAAUAUUACUUGAUUACAAAUCAAAUUGCUUAAGGGUGUGGGAUAACAGGCUAGUUUUAAUACCAACGUGUUACAUAAAAAUCGUAUGUUUUAGACCAUUCUUAUCUAGUUACAAUUCUAGAAAGUUAACAGAAUAAGCAGGUACUUAUUGAAGUGCAUCUUUUCAGUCUAAAUGUCUGUUCAUCUGUCUGGGUGUCUAUAUGUUCAUACACACACACACACACACGUGCCCAUGGAGCAGGAGUCUGCUCAGGUCAGAAGGUCCUAGAGAGCACAGACCCAUCCCAUUUUAAUUUGCAUGAAAAUCCAAGGUUCUUUUAAGCACUCAAACUAUUUUUUAAAGAUCAUCAUUUGAUUUAAAUAGUUACAAAAGAAGUCAGCAAAAGUCAAUAAAUAACUAAAUCAAUAAAGCCAAAAAUAAGAGGAUAGGAAAGCACGAAGUGAUUUCUAGAUCACUGAUAAGGCCUACAUUAAACUCAAGAUGUUAUCUUGCCAGUUGGGUUGGAUGAAGGGUAGGGGCUUGAGAAGAAAAGGCUGAGCCAAUCUGGAAAGUUAAAAAUACCAAAUGGCUUAUUAGGUAACACAGUAUAUUUAAACUGAUUGACUCAGUCUUCUGAAGAGCAACAACAUUUAAGUAAAAUUUAAAUGUUUUCAAUAUAAUUUCAAUAGAUUACAUUUUGUAUUGUGCAACAUACUCACAUGGGAGUCUUCACGAGCACCCUGGCAUCAUUUCAUUUGCUAAAUAUCACUGAAAGGGUCAUCCCCAUUUUUCCCUCAAGAGGCAAUGAAUUUGCAUCUUCCCCAUAGCAGAAAUCCAGCAUAAACUAUAAAAGACAAUGUAUCGACUUCAUUGUGCAUUAGGAAAUGUUUACAUAAAGUUAAAAUCUUAAAAAAGAAAAGGCACUCUUCAUUUUGGCUCUCCCUUCUGAAGUUUUUCAGCUUCUUGUCUUUACCUGUCAUCCUAAGAACAAUGAUCACAUGUGCAUUGGUCCAAAUGUAUUUACUGGUUUCAUCUUGUUUAUUGGUUGAUUUUUGAAUAUAUCUGUAUCAUUGUUUCACUUAAUGUUGGAGAGAUUUAUAUCAUUAGAGGAAUCUGAUAAUAAUUGGAAAAUUUAGACUCUUGAGAGUUAGGGACUUAGCAGCCCUCCAGAAUUCAACAUUUCUUCCAAUUGUUCGUGGUUUGUUCUAAAUUAGGACAGAGCAGAAAUUAACAAACAUCAUUAAGUUUGAACUUGACUCUAAAAUAUUCUGAAAUCUUUUAGAAAUAUUUAGGAAUAUUAAUGCUUUGUGAUCAAUGUAGAUAAUUUGGACUGAUCCACAAUAGAAUACCUAUGGUUUAUGCUGCUUCCAGUUCUCUGUGGUCCACACUAGGACAUAUUCUUACACUCAUGCACACAUCAGUUUUGAAUUUAAAUUGUGAUAUACACUACAAACAAGACAGUAAUUUAUAUGCGGGCAUAAAUUGGAACAAUCACAUUUGUUGUAGUUAUUGAACACUUUUAUAUUCAUUGAAAUUGGCUUUUCUAAGUAAUAUGAGCCAGUGAUACUCUCAUAGUAGGUUUGUUGACAUAAAUACACAUUUUAGGAACUUACUGGUAUUUCUUGGCAUCAUAAUCAAACACUGGUCAUGAAAUACAUGUGCAUAAACCAAAUGCUGCACUUCCACUGAAGAAGAAAGUGGGGUAAUAUUAGCUAUUUUUAAGUUUCAAGAGAUAUUUCCAUAUAAUAUGAUUGUCAUAGGUAUAGUUUGAUAUUGGCAUAUACUUUGAGAAUCAUCCCCAAAAGAUUUGCGCUUCCAAAACCAGUGAACAAUGGGUGGAAUGGGUGACCAUCUCCUGGGAGCAUAGGUCCCAGUUUUCAGUUUUUCCUUUGGAUAUCAAGUUGCUAAUAACUUCAGGAUUCUCAUCCAAACCAUGUUUGGAUCAACUGUAUGAGACUUAACUGCCUUUUCAGAAAUCUGCUUUCCUGUUUGUGAUUUUUCUUGUACUGUAUAGCACGGUUCAUGCACCUCUCUUUAGAUGGUGUACUUUAAAAACAGAAGUAAAAUACAAAACUGAUUUUAUCACUGCAUACCUAAAAUUAAGAGUGUGCAACAUUAACUGCCUUUGAUUCAUAGUAGACAAGUAAAGCUGAACAUGUUUUAUAGAAUGCUGUAAAAGUCAUUCAGGAAUGAACACAACCUUAAUGCCGCGAUCACGAACCUUUCUACAUGAGUGCACUAACAAGAAGUGCUAAAUGCAUUUUCAGUUUUUGAAAACUUAUUCAGAUGGUAUAUUUGAAAUGUCUAAAAUAAUGCUGUGCUUGAAACAUUAGUGUAAAAGAAAAACAAGUGUGUCACUGUGAUGUUGGUCCCCCUUGUGUGGACAGAAGUAGAAAGUCAAAAACUUGGCAAGUCAUGUUUGUAUAAAAUGAAAGGCAGUGCUUAUAUACAACAAAUUGACUUUGUCAACACCCCCCCCCCAAUUCUUUUGAGAAAUAUAACAACCACCCAGAAACUGAAAUCAGAGCUCUUCUGAUCUGUAUGAAUUGCACCAGCACAUGGGGGAAGAGGGUUGGCACGCAGUGCUUCUGAACAUUGGACUGUGGCUGGAUCAGAGCAACCUCCAUGUACAUGGUAGAAGAACAGACCAAUUAACAGAACCCUAGUAUUUCUGCAAGUUUGAUGAUUCUAAAAAACUGGAAUCGAAGCAUUAAUUCAGUGCUUAGUUCUAGUAUUAGAAACCCCUUUGAUGUAAUGCCUUGUAUUAACCCUUUGAGCAUUGUAAGAUAUACAAUGGGGGAUAAAAGCCUUUCAGAUCAUUUAUUUAGACUUAGACCGGUAAAAUAUACUCUAUAUCCAAAUGUCUAAUUAUGCUGUUUUUUUUAAAGAGGGGGGGUCAGAAGAGAAAGUGUUUCCAUGCUGAACACUUGGAUUUUAUAUUCAACUCUUAAUUUUCCUUCAAGAGGGCUUGAUAUAUUUAUUCCCAAAUAUUCACUGCCAUCUAAGUAAGUGUACUGUUUACAGAAAAAAAAAAAAAAAAAAAACUCAACUUUUCUA